AUGGAGACAAAGAAUAAAGUUUCGAUGGGUGAAGUGAUAAAAGGAGUACUGAUACAGCAGUUUCUACAGACACUUUUGGGUUUACUUGUGGUAGUAGCAGAAGACGAAGAUGUGUUGGUUGAUGAUGCAUACGAAUUGAAAAUUUAUCAUCAGAAUUUCCAUACAUUGGUGAGUCAAUUUGGACUGAACCGCCAAUUGGCACCGUUUCAACAUAUGAUUGUGUCUUCGACGUACUGUUUUCUGUAUCGACACAUUCAUUCACGUCAUCAUCUUUUAUAUGUUCCUUAUGCUUUUGGAGCCCUUUAUAAUCAUCCAGUUGAAGGAUUUGUGUUGGAUUCGGUGGGUGCUUCUAUCGCAUUCAAAUUAUCUGGUCUGACAACACGAGGCGGCAUGUUGUUUUUUUCGUUUGCUACUCUAAAAACCGGCACUUACAUGGCUCAUCCUCCAACAACCAAAAAAUCGUUAAAUAGCGAAAAUGAAAACAAUAGAGUAGAAACAAGAACCAAUAAUACUAUAAAUUUCAAUCAUAUAUCGUCAAAGGUCAAUGGAAAUGGCAAUCGAUGCACAGAACAAGAUAAUGAUCAUAUUCAAUCGAGAGACAAAAUGGAAUCAAAUAAUCGGGGAAAUUCUCCAUUUCGAUACAAUCUAAGACCGAGAAAAGCUGUUUCUUCACUUUAG